UCCCACCUAAACCAGGCCAGUAUAUGUAACAAAUUUGUACAGUAGCUGCUGUAUCUCCUAGAGACUCCUACAUACCUACCCAUAGUCUACCUACGUAGUACUAACCUAACUAACUAAAUCCACCGAGGUUUUUAUUUUUUUUACCUUUUUCCCUGUUUGCGCCAUUUGCCAGCCCUUUUCAUCGCCGAUUCUUUGCUCCUCGAACAUCCUUUUGAACGCAAGCAUUCUUUCCUAGCACGGCAUACAGACAGCACUUCAACUACCAUGCUGUCGCGAAACUGCACCAGAGCGGCCCAGCGCCUGGCGCGAACCGCUGCGAGACAACAAUCGCACAUCCAAAAUGCCUCCCGAUCCUUUGCAACUAUUCAGUCUGAUAUAUUCAAGCCUACAAAGUAUGGUGGCAAAUAUACCGUCACUCUCAUUCCUGGUGACGGUAUCGGAGCAGAGGUAGCUGAGAGUGUCAAGACUGUCUUCAAAGCCGACAGUGUCCCCAUCGAUUGGGAACAGGUUGAUGUCUCGGGUGUGGAAAGCGGCUCACCUGGUAGUCUCGAGGACAUGUUCCGAGAAUCUGUCGCCUCGCUCAAGAGGAACAAGCUCGCACUAAAGGGCAUCCUGCACACGCCUAUUAGCCGAUCAGGACACCAGAGCUUCAACGUUGCCAUGCGACAAGAGCUUGACAUAUACGCCUCCAUUUCCCUCAUCAAGAACAUCCCUGGUUACAACACCCGCCACAAAGAUGUCGAUCUGUGCAUCAUUCGAGAAAACACCGAAGGAGAAUAUAGCGGCCUGGAGCACCAGAGUGUCCCAGGCGUUGUCGAGUCCCUCAAGAUCAUCACUCGGGCCAAGUCAGAGCGUAUCGCCAAGUUCGCCUUCUCAUUUGCGCUAGCAAACAACCGUAAGAAGGUCACUUGUAUCCACAAGGCCAACAUCAUGAAGCUGGCCGACGGUCUGUUCCGAAGCACUUUCCAGAAGACAGCACUAGAGUAUCCUACUUUGGAGACUAACGACAUGAUUGUCGACAAUGCCAGCAUGCAAUGUGUAUCCAGGCCCCAGCAAUUUGACGUCAUGGUCAUGCCCAACUUGUAUGGUGGAAUCCUUUCCAACAUCGGCGCGGCUCUCGUUGGUGGCCCUGGUAUCGUCCCGGGUUGCAACAUGGGUCGUGACGUUGCCGUAUUCGAGCCCGGCUGCCGACACGUUGGUCUUGAUAUCAAGGGCAAAGAUCAGGCCAACCCCACAGCUCUUCUUCUUUCUGGAACUAUGCUGCUCCGCCAUCUUGGCCUAGAUGACCAUGCCAACCGUAUAUCUCAGGCCCUCUACGGCGUCAUCGCUGAAGGCAAGUACCGAACUCGGGAUAUGGGUGGUGAUUCCACCACGCACGAAUUCACCCGUGCGAUUUUGAAGAAGAUGGAGACAUUGUAAAUCAACCAACCCUCUCAUAACCUUUAAUUCGACCCUAAGACUAUGGCCCACUUCCGAUGUGUCGCUCUGAUAGAUACCUAGAGGAUAGGAGGAACGAAACGAUCGCAUGACUGUUACAUUGGAGUCACGGGAGGUGAAGUUUAGGAGACAUCCUAGACCUAGAUAAAUGUACUGUACGUAGAAUAGGAUAUGAUUGCCAUGCAUAAAAUUCAUUAUUUCUCCCGCCAAACCUCAACCAGCCAGUCAAGUAUUUUAGUCAGAAUUUGUACCAAUGUGAUAUUGAUGGGGAAUCCUUUAGUCGGGACCUUGAGAUAUUCCUUGACACGGCUAGUU